CACAGCGGCGCGCCGGCCGCAGGAGAAGGCCCCGUCGCGACCGCGUCCCUGUGGGUCCUUGAGCCUGAGCUGACGGGGUAGCCAUGGCCUUGCGGCUACUGAGACUGGCCCCGAAGUCGGCGUCCGCGCCGGUCCUGGCUGCGAGCGUCCAGCGCGUGGAAGGAAUUCACACCAGUGCGCGGCGCAAGCUGCGAUAUGGAAUGUGGCACUACCUACUUGGGGAGAGAGCCACCAAAAGAAUGACGGAACGCAGCAUCGUGAUAACUGUAGAUGGCAAUAUAUGUGCGGGAAAAGGCAGAAUUGCAAAGGAAAUAGCAGAGCAACUAGGCUUAAGGCACUUUCCCGAAGCGGGUAUACACUAUGCAGACCUCACCAGAGGAGAUGGGAAGCCCCUGGACAUAGCCUACGGUGGCAACUGCAGCUUGGAGAAAUUCUACGAUGAUCCACGAAGCAGUGACGGCAACAGUUACCGCCUGCAGUCCUGGCUGUACUGCAAUCGCCUCCUGCAGUACGCCGACGCCCUGGAGCACUUGCUGACCACAGGACAAGGCGUUGUGUUGGAGCGCUCCAUCUUCAGUGACUUUGUGUUCCUGGACGCCAUGUACAACCAGGGGUACAUCCGAAAGCAGUGUGUGGAGCACUACAACGAGGUGAAGAAGGUCACCAUCUGCGAAUACCUGCCUCCCCACCUGGUGAUCUACCUGGAUGUGCCAGUUCCAGAGAUCCAGCGUCGGAUUCAGAAGAAGGGAGAUCCACACGAAAUGAAGAUCACCUCUGCCUAUCUGCAGGACAUUGAGAAUAGCUAUAAGAAAAUCUUCCUCCCUGAGAUGAGUGAGAAAUGUGAGAUUUUACAGUAUUCUGCAAGGGAGGCCCAGGAUUCAGUGAAGGUGAUAGAGGACAUUGAAUACGUUAAGUUCGAGAAAGGGCCGUGGCUGAAGCAGGACGAUCGCACUUUUCACCACCUGCGAUUGCUGGUUCAGGAUAAGCCGCAGGUGCUGCUUUACACAGCCAUUCCGAUCCUUAUCCCAGAAAUCACCGUUGGAGCUCAUCAGAGUGACCGCGUCCUGCACGAGUUCAGAGAGAUGACGAGAGACCUGCCCCCGUGAUGUCAGCGUCUUUACCUGCCGGAAUCCCCGAGGGCAUAGCUGGUCUCCCCGUCUUUGCUACCAUGGCCUUGCUAAUCCCUGCCGCCCAGGAAGGUGUAGACGUGAUCCAGGCCUGCAGAGCAGCCUUCCAUUUGAACUUGGAGGGAAAGAAGGCUGUCUUCCUUCCUGCAGGUGGUUUUUGCCGGGUUAGAAUUUUAAAUUGUCAAUAUUUUCUUUUAGUGCUUCCAAACUUCACUAUUUUAUACUGCUGGCUUUUGUGUUUCUAAUGAGACUUCCUCUUUUGAAGAUAUCUCUUGUUUCUCUGGCAGGUUUCUUAGACAUUUUUCUGCCUUGGUUUUGUGCAUUUACACUAUCUCGGAUGUGUAUUGUGUAAGCAGGUGUGCAUGUGCAUCUGUACUCACUUGGUCAGGGGUUCAUAACACUCUUUGAGCCUUUGGCUGAUGUUCACUGUCUGUGUCACUUUUUCCUUUUUUUUUUUUUUUUUUAAGACCAAGUCUCACUCUGUCACCCAGGCUGGAGUCCAGUGGCACGAUCUCGGCUCAUUGCAACCUCCGCCUCCCGGGUUCAAAUAAUUCUUCUGCCUCAGACUCCUCAGUAGCUGAGAUUACAGUCACGCGCCACCACGCAUAGCUAAUUUUUUUGUAUUUUUAGUAGAGACGGGGUUUCACUCUGUUGGCCAGGCUGGUCUCACACUCCUGACCUCAGGUGAUCAGGCCACCUCAGCCUCCCACAGUGUCUGUAUCACUCUUGCCGCAUUUUCUCUCUGUUCUCCUUGUGGUUCUACUCAGUGAUCUGUUGGACCUUUUCACCACAUGCUGUGUUUUAUGUGGUUUUGUCUGCUUUUCAGUUUGUAAGCAUUGAAGAGAAUCUAAGAGAAUCUAUGGUAUUGGGCUUGUGGUGUGAAUUAAAUGUUUAGAAAUGUUAAGAUUUCUAAUCAUAUUUAAAUGACUGGAGAAAUCUGAUUUUUAAAUUUCUAAACAUUUAAAAAAAUAAACUUGAAUUUUUAGGACAGUUUUAGGUUUACAGAAAAAUUGUGAAGGUAAUAGUGAGCUCUCAUACCUCACACCCAGUUUCCAUUUUAUUAACAUCUUUUGUUAGUAUGGUACACUUGUUAUAAUUAAUGAAUUAAUAAUAAUAAUACUGGGUUUUGGGGUUUUUUUUUUUUUGAAACUGAGUCUCACUCUGUCACCCAGGCUGGAGUGCAGUGGCAUGAUCAUGGCUCACUGCAACCUCCCCUUCUCGGUUUAAGCGAUUCUCAUGCCUCAGCCUCCUCAGUAGCUGGGAUUAUAGGUGCCCACCACCAUGCCCUGCUAAUUUUUAUAUUUUCAGUAGAGAUGGGUUUACACCAUGAUGGCCCAGCUGGUCUCAAACUCCUGACCUCAAGUGAUCUGCCCACCCUGGCCUCCUCAAGUGCUGGGAUUACAGGCAUGAGCCACCACAGUCAGCCCUUGUUACCUAAAACCCACACUUUGAAUUAUUCAGAUUACCUUAGUUUUUCCCGAAUGUCCUCUUUCUGUUCCAGUACCCCAUCUGGAUUAUCGUAUGACCUUGGGUCCUCUUGUCUCCUUAGGCACCUCUUGGCUGUAACAUUUCUCCGACUUUGUUUUUAAUAAGGAGUGCUAGUGAGGUAUUUUGUAGACUCUCCCUCAAUUGAGAGUUGCCUGUUAUUUAUCUAGUGAUUAGACUGGGCCGUGUGUUUUGGGGAGGAAUGCACAGAGGUGAAGCAUCAGGGGCACUCGCUGUGAGCGCGACCUGGUGCUGUGGCCCUGACCGUGGCCUCCUGGCUGAGGUCGUGCUGGCUGGGUCUCCACUGGAAAGCUGCCCUUCCUCUUUCCAGAAGGUCCCCACGCAUACCACAGGCUCUGUGUUACUCUGUUGAGUAAGAAUUGUCCGACUAUUUAGAGGAUUUAGUUUAAGGAGAUUCAGUUGCUUGAUAUUAAAAAAGGAUCAGUUGGACUUAAAUAGUAAAAAGAAUUCACCGAAUUCCUUUAGCUCAUUAGAGACAUAAGCAGCAGUUCUCACUGCAUUUCCUUCUGGAAACAGCAUUGUGGGGAUACCUGGAGGUGAGUGCACAAAGCCUGCAGCCGUUUCAGAUCUGGGACGGUCCGUGUCUGUGGCUUCUCACAAAGGCCCUCGGCGUGGCCUGCAGAGCCUCUUCCUAGAUUGGCUUCUGUGGGCACUGGGGAAAGACCCCUUCCUCCUGGUAGUCCCCUCCCUUCUGAGCCUGUGCUCGGGGGGCCUCUCCGGGAGCUUCAUUCUGGCCUGAGUGACUUUGGUAGCGCUCUUAGCAGACAGGGAAGUGAGUACCGGUGUCGUGUGUGAACCUCUGUGACUGUGUGUCCUUGCACACGACCUGAGAGAGUGCAGGCCUUCCCCAGGAGCAGGAGGAGAUGGAGCAUUUUUCUUUCUGACAGAAGGCCCCACCCUGGCAAGAGUGGCUUCCUUUUAUCUGGCCAUCCAAGGGACAGCUUGUGCAGCAGCAGUUUCUGUCAGGUGCUGAGGGGAGGAAACAGCAGUUCUAAGAGCACACUACAAAGGAAAACCUGACUAAAACUCUUUCCCCCACUGUUCUGCUUUCGAAAGCAAAUGCUAGCGGUGCGAUAGGAAGGCAGGCUCUCGUGAAAACGUCGCUUCUCUUUCAUCGUUUGUGUUGAAGGCUGCCUUCUCAUUCCUGUCUAGUUCAGCUGGAGAUGACAGGCAGAACUUGGAAACGUGGAGGACGUGGAGAAAGAGAGAGGGCCCGGAGACGGCAAUGUGUGCCGGGUGGAGGUGCGUCUGAUCUCGUCAGAGCAGGCGGAGAGCAGGCCGGAACCCAAGGGGCCGUCGGUCCUGACACCUCACCUUGCCCUCGCAGAGGCCACCGGGCAAGGACAGUUGAAGUGGUUUUUAGUUGGGUCACAGGGUUCUGAGGUUCUGUAAGUAUUACCGUGAAGUUUGAAUUGCUAAAAAAUUAAAUGCUGUUUUCUAUGAUUACAUGCUGGAGGAAGAAAUAGGAAGUAGAGUCAAGACAAGAAUCCAGCUUUUCAGAAAAGAGUUCAGUUUGUUUUAUGAAAAUUGCAAAAGACAGGUAAGUAAAGGAAAGAAAAGUCAGCCUUUGUCAGAGGCGAGGUGAACAGAAAUGUCUCUUCCUAACCUUGCAGCUGGGGAGCCCCUACCCACAGCGGGCUGCACAGGGAGCGUGCUGUGUGGAGUGAGAGAGCGGGUCCCGAGAUGCUCCCCACUGGUCUUUGGAGGUGAGAAGACCUUCUUAUAGGUCAUCAGGUACACGUGACAGGUCACUGCUUUGCUACAGGGGAGCACACAGCAUUUGAGGGCAUUCCACCAAGGAUGUGUGAAUUUUGAGCAGAAGGGAUUUGGCGGCCAGUUAUUUCUGGAGCAGGUGGAGGUCGUGGGUGCGUGCUCCUGGCAGCGGGUCUUAGAAGCCUGUUACCCUGCUAGGCACUUUCUUGCUUUCUAGGAGGCUUUUUUUCAUGUGGAAAAUAUGUUUUAGCCAAAUUCUGCCACCAUAGUCCCAAUUAAUGUUAUAAAGAUAAUAAAAUUACUAAAACUGUGCCUUCCAGUUUCCUGAGAAGCUACUUGCACGGUGCUGCUGUACGCAGGUGGUCUGCGUGUUGUAGCACGCCCGUGACGUGGCGUUCGUGUUUGAUCGUGGAUAUUGUCCUUGUUGGUACUUGGAGGUUAGGAGUUAGUAGGUGGUACUUCGGAUUCUUGGAAAAGGAGUCAGGCUUUGACCUUUAUUCUUUAGAUUAAGGAUCAUAGUCUUUGUUUUUCUUCCAGGAUUUUCCUGAUUUCUCUGACUUCGGUGUUUUGCAGUUUUGCAAAAUGGGUCUAGAUUUGAACCUCUUUUUCUUUGUGCCAGUGCAGUUUUGUCUUGUUGCUAGGACCUUAUUCCUUGCUUGUGAUUCCCUCUUGCUUCUCCUUCUGUCGGCAUUUUAAACAUAGUUACCUUAUGCUCUGUCUCUGGAGUGCUGCUCUGGCCGCUGUCUGACCGUGGCCAUUGCUCCUUCAUCUUUUCACCUGUGCUGGCUUCUUUCCUUCACUGUGUUGGAGACUAUGGCAUUUGGUGAGAGUGUAUCCCUCCUGAGUCACGCUGUCAGAUGAAGUACAGGAUGCCAAGGUAAGCUUGAAUUGAGAGCAGCUACUGUUUUAGUAUAAGUAUGUCCCGAGGUUUUAACUGGGUAUCCUGUGUGAUUUUCCAGCCCUGGCAGCCCUGUUACGUAUGUCCCAAGGUUUUUAAUUGGGUAUCCUGUGUGAUUUCCCAGCCCUGGCAGCCCUGUUAAGUAUGUCCCAAGGUUUUUAAUUGGGUAUCCUGUGUGAUUUCCCAGCCCUGGCAGCCCUGUUCCUGAAAUGGCUGCUUGCUGCUGCCAGGACUCAGAUUCCUGAGGAGCAGGAAUUGAUGGCACGUUUGUUGCCGGUGGUAUCCCAGGCCCUGGAGGUAAUGUGAAUUUGAACUUGAACCUGUAUGGGGACAGGCUCUGGUUACGAAUUCUCAGUGGAGAGUUGUCCGCCGCUGGGUGCCAGCCGGAGUCUCCUUGCCGGCAGGAGGUUUCUUCCCUCACUGAGGGGGUGGCCUCUCAGGAGUCACCUCACAGGGACACUGGGGCGUGUCUUCUGGCUCUCAGCAGCUCUUGGGUGUCCCCAGGGCACUGCGGCUUCAGCUCACCACUCUGGCUUUUCAACUCGCUCUUCAUUCUUGGUCCCUUGUGACUUCUUGCAGAGCUCAGCAAUGCAUGUGAAGCAUUUUAGAGGUUUUAUAUCAAGAGGCUUUUCAGCAUGUUAGGGCUGCUGUUUUGCUAGAAAUGGAAGGCUCCCCUAUUUUUCUUUAUAAAUGGAAAGCCUGUUUUGGUGCUGGUUCUUUCUGUAGCCAUUCUACAGAGGCCCUGUCUGAAUGAGAAAUUCUGCAUCCUGUAUGCUCAAUAGGUAUUUACCCAGUGACCAAUCCUCCAGGUUGCAGAAUUGAUUAAAUUCCCAACCCUGAAGGCACAGAAGGGAAACCUGGCUGAUCAAAGAAUUCUUGCCUUUCAAUUUAAUCCGAGUUCUACCCCAGAGAUGGAGUGCGGCAUCUUGGGAGCACUAAGGUGGUAGGAAUGACAGUUACCCAACACCCUGCUGCCAGGCCUGACGUUCAGACACUGUUGUGAGCUUCGGGCCACAUCAGAGAGAGAAGACAUGCCCUGCUCUCACGGAGCUCACUUCCUAGUGGGCAGGGAGAGCAGAUGGUAAACAAACAGGUAACAGGGUGCCUGGGUCUUGGAGAAAGCACAGCUGAGGGGGCUGUCAUGUGGAGAGAGGUCUCAGCACCUGGCGCAGGGGAUUGAGGGAUGUGGGGGCAUAGGGAAGCAGGUGCCCCAUGGAAGGCAGGAGCAGGUGGACACAUUCUGGAGCUAGAGAAGAGCCUGUCAUGGUGAGGUGUGAUGCGGGUGGGGUUGAGCUUGAACAGGGAGUGAGCUGAAAAGGCAGCAGGCCCAGGUCAGCUGGGCUCCGCAACUGCCACCAGACCUCAGUUCAGCUGUACUCUUGGUGAGGUGGAGGCAGUGGUGUGCUGGAGAGUGACAUCGUCUGGGUUUCAGGUUUAAAGGGCUGCUCUGCUUGCCAUGUCGAAUAUCAACUCAGCGCAAAGGCAGAGGGCAGCAGCUGGCCAGGGAGGGCCCUGGCAGUACGGGUGAGGGUGCUGGUGCCGUGGGUGGCCUGAGAGCAGGCACCGUCUCUCAUGUUUUUUAUUGUUGACCCUCCCUGCACAGCCAAACUGCUUUUGGCUUCUCAGGUUUUCAAAACUAAGCAGACUAUUGCUGAAGGAUUCCAGCAGAGGGAGUCAGGGAAGAGGUACAGGGUGGGGAGUGGGCUGCUGAGGGCCUGGUGGUGGCCUUUCCUCACUGCGGUGGAGGCCCUGGCCUCUGCUGUGUUGCCUCUCCUGCAGACUUGCGUGUAUGACUGGAAGAGCGGGCGGAGCGAGUUCAAACAGCACUGGGGUCUUGCAGUAAAGCGCGUUAGAGACAGGUAGUGGCAGCUGGGUGGGGCGGGCUUCUAAGAUAGGAAUUUGCCGUUUGUAACAAAUGGGCUUUGGUAUAAAGGCUUUAAUUUGGAAACCUCAGGCAUACUUCCUCAUGGAUCUUUUCCUGACCCUUAGGUUUAAUGUACUUUACUGAUGCGUGGUUGAGCCCAGGAAGGGUGACUCAGGAAGAGCACUUCCCAGGGAGGGGCGUGGCGCUGGGAAGUCCGCCCAGCCUGUGUCUAGGCACAUUUCUGAAAUCUGUUUGGAGGGUUUGCAGCUUGUACAUUGAAACAAAGCCAUUAUUCUAACUGUCAUAUGAAAAGAGUUCUGUCUUUUAAGAUACUUUUUAUGAGAGCUCAAAUUCUUUUAUAAGCAGAAAUUCCUUUUUUAGGUUUCUAAAAAGCAUACAAACGGUGGGAAGACAGAAUUCUUCCCCAAAUCAAGGUGGCUCGCCCACACCUAUUUCAGUAGACCUUAUUUUAGCGAAUAACCUUUAUCAAAUGGUUCCAAAGCAUUUCAGCCUAGUUUUAAUAGAACAGCAGCUCUUCCUUUUCAGACUCAGUUUUCAUAACAUUUAAUUAAAUUCUGCAAUUGCAAAGACAAGUACAACUGACAUCACUGCUGGGAAGCAGACCACUGACUCACCCACUUUGUGCGAGGGACAGGAGUGCCUGUGGGCCAGUGGACAGGUCCUGCCACUUGGCAUGCUGUGUAGCUUGGCCUGUGAGUGGUCCGGUGGGGUUGGUCAGGGGAGCUUUCAGCUCAAGGGAGGAGGAGCUGGUGAAGAGGACCAAGCUCGCCAGAGUGCCAGGAGGCAGGCCAGACUGUGUGGGCCCUGGGUGCCAGCAGAGGAACCCGUAGAGGGGCCUCAGCAUCUGUCAAGACUGCAGGAAGGUCAGGGGUGGUGAGGCUGGCCACGCCCAGGAUGCUGCAGUGAUGACCAGACCAUAGGUGAACCUUGAGAGGAGUGUCAGGAGCCUGGUGGGAAUUGGAGAUUCCAUCUUCUGUCGCUUGUGGUUUUGUCUUAUUUUUAAGGGCUAAGGCAUUCUCUGUGUUUAUGGGGAAGAAGAGUAAGUGCCUGUGGAAAGAGAGAAAAGACGCAAGAGAGGAAGGGGUCCGCUGAUGGAACAGGGAUCCCAGAGGCAGGGGCCUCUCAGCCCAGCAGAGAUCCCAGUUCACCAAGCAGGCAUGCCCAGGCCGGGUCACUGCUUGCUUCAUAGGACCAACCUAGUCUGCUGAGGGAAGGCUGGAGGAACGGGCCAGGGCUCCUUUCUCCCAUGGGGAGGGACUCUGAUGGACUGGCCAUGUGCAGCAUGGAGGCACAGAACCUGCAUCCCGGGUGCUGCAAGGGUGGCUGAGAACGCCAGCUGACCUGUCCUGGGUCGUUGACGGGACCCAGUGACCAUGUUGGCCGUUGUCACUGGAGCAUCUCAUUCCUUGAUUCAAAUCCACUGGUGCUCUUCACAUCACAGGGCCAGUUCCAGACGGUGGAUGAUUCAGUUACGUUCCCAUAGUGUGAAAGCAGCAGUGUGUGUGCCCGGCAUUGUCAGUAUACGUGCUUGGACAUCCUGCAUGUCACAGCCGAUGAGUCUCUCUGGAACAGCUUUCUCUUGGCGAUGUCUGGACUGGCCUUUAGGGGACAUGGUCUCGCAGCUGUGGAGCAUGCGCUGGGUCCAAUCUCCACAAGUGGUUCCUGUCCCUGCGAGUCCUCUCACCUGGCUGCCUUUUCCCCUGCGAGUCCUGUCACCUGGCUGCCUUUUCUAGGCGUCUGGGAAGCCUGGUCUUUCCUAUCAGCUGCACCCUUGAAUGAGGACUCCAGAAACAGAAGCAGCAUCAGGAGCGAGUUAGAGCUCCUAGCACGCCUCACUCAGGGACAGAGGCAGGACACGGGCAGAAGCAGUGGCAGCUCGUGGCGCUCUGGUUCCCGGGUUCCUCCGCCCACCCAGCUGUGUCUGACGAUGGAGGGGUGACUUUGAUCUGAGCGAGGACACAGCAGUUGGGGUCCAGUGGCCUUCAUUACUGCUAGGAAGAAGCUCCAGCUGCCUCUUCUAGACUUUCCGCUUCUCUUAUGUGUCUUUCCUUAUCCCUGAACCUGCUUCCAGUCUGAGUUUAGGGACAUCUGCUUGGAGGACUGGAUGGAGUCAGAGGCCCCAGACCCGAGUCUAGGAACGGUCCAGCCCACUCACUUUUCUUCCUGGGGGUAUGUAAUUUUUGCUUCACUUGACUUGGUGCAGUUAUAAGAGGCUCGCAGCUGCUGUUUGGGAUGCAGUCAUCUCAGUCAGUUGUGCCCCAGAAGUUGCCAGUGCCCUGGGAGCUGCUGUGACUGAGGGAAUCGCGUCUUUUUACUGGAACUGAUUCCUAGAGCCACUCUGAGCUCUCACCGCCUCUGCCACAGCUCUUGUUUCUGGCUCCGCGUGGGGGAGUCUUCUCAUGUUCUACGUGGCGCCUGCCGGUCACUCUAUGGUGGAUUCAAGGCUGUUCAGCCGGUGGGAGCUCCGCCUUCCCUGUGCAUUCUUCUGACCCCCAUUUCACUGCACUCAGUGCCAGACACUGCCCCAGGAUGGAGACACCACAGUUUCCAUACCCUGGAGACUCGGCAGACCCAUGCACAGAGAAAGCGAUGGGGUCCCAGAGGCCAUGGGACCCUUGAGAGUGUAGGCAUGUGCAGGGGUCUGCUGUGUCUGGGGGUCUCAAGACUCACACCUCAUAGGCUGGGUAUGAGUUUGCCAAGUAGAAAGAGUCUUGUAGGGGAGUUGAGGGAGAAGGAGGGUGGCUGUGAAGGCCGCAGGCUGUAGGGCGUGGCCAGUAGGGGCACUGCUGGUGGCCUAGGGGCAAGCAUGAUGUCAAGGGAGACAGAGCAGGUGGGGAGGGCGACGAGUGGGGCGAGAUUGCGCAGGGUCUCGGGUGGACUGUGAGGCUUUCUCUCCGUCCUAAGCGUGUGCGGUUGGGGUUAGGGCCGUGCUGCUGCCUGCAGGACCCCUGGGGUGAACACCAGGCACAGACUAAGACUUCAGGGCUUUUAUUAGGCGGUUCUUGCGUUGCUAUAAAGAAAUAUCUGAGACUGGAUAAUUUAUAUAAAAACGUCUUAUUGGCUCACAGUUCUGCAGGCUGUGCAGGAAGCAUAGCAGCGCCUGCUUCUGAGGAGGCCUCAGGACACUUGCAGUCAUGGCAGACGGUGAAGGGGAAGCAGGUGCAUCCUACCAUGGCAGGCAAGAGAAUGGGGCUGUGGAGCGUCACAUAUUUUCAAAUGACCAGAUCCUUGGCACUGGAGUGUCACAUAUUUUUAAAUGACCAGGUCUUGUGUGAACUCAGAGUAAGAGCUCACUCAUCACCAAGGAGAUGGGCCAAGCCAUUCAUGAGGGAUCCGCCCCCGUGAUCUAGACACUACCCACCAGGCCCCACACUGGGGAUUGCAUCUCAGCAUGAGAUUGGGAGGGCACAUUAAAACUUUUCUUUGACGAAUAAGCUGGUGACACCGGGGCACAGGCCAGUAAAGAAAGACCUUUUCACAGAGUGGAUUUUAGAUUUUUGUAUGAAUAGAAGAGUUUAUGAUUUUUUGUUUGUUGGUCCUGUGACCUUGAAGUUUUUGACCAGUCCUGUCACUUGUCUGGCUAGUGUCCUGGAGGCUCUCAGAUGCCUGUCUACACUCAUAGGUGGCACCCAGCGCUAGGGCACUGGUGCCUCAGGAAUCCAAGUUUUCAUCUGAAACAGCAUUUUCAUCGGGCGCGGUGGCUCACGCUUGUAAUCCCAGCACUUUGGGAGGCUGAGGUGGGUGGAUCACUUGAGGUCAGGAGUUGGAAGUCAGCCUGGCCAACAUGGAGAAAUGCUUUCUCUAUUAAAAAUACAAAAAUUAGCCGGGCAUGGUGCUGAGCGCCUGUAAUCCCACCUGCUUGGGAGGCUGAGGCAUGAGAAUGGCUUGAACCCGGGAGGCAGAGGUUGCAAUGUGCUGGGAUCGCCACACACUCCAGCCUGGGCAAUAGAGUGAGACUCCAUCUCCGAAAAACUAAACUAAAAAUAAAUAAAUAAGUAAGUAAGUAAAGCAGCAUUUCCAGAGGGGCCCGUGUACCUGGAAUCGGAGCGGUAUUUAUGGACGUGUUUUUCAUUGGCCGCCCUCCUCCAUUCUGUGCUUGGAACUGACCCUGUGUACGUACUGAAUGUGUGCAGGUCAGGUUUUACACACUGUAUUUCUGCACAGCCCUUCCUUGGGUUAGACAAACUGGUUUGGUUUCUACUUUACCAAUUCCGUCUCUUCAGUUGAAGGAGGCCAGAUGCUGUUAAGAGACUGUGCUCCCUCCACGAAGCUGAUCGUGUCCAAGGCAGUUGCCAGGACAACAGAAUCUUCUCUUUUCUCUCUGCUAUUUUUAUUUCUUUUACUAUCUCAAGUUGUUUUCACUUUCAGUAUUGAGUUCUCCCUUAUCACCUUUUAAAAGAGUGUUUUUAAUAACUUGAGUAUGUUGAUACUCUAUGUUCUUGCCUUUAUGAAAUUUACCUCAGGAAGGACAAACUUGGAAUAAACAGAAAAGCGGUAGAGUCAGGUGACCCACACAGGCCAGCCGUGAUUGCCGUAAAUUCCUCAUGACCUUCAGACCUUAUUUAGGGCUCAGCUUGCUAUCAGCUGUGUUAAAACACAAAUGUGCAGUUUGAAAGUAAGUGCCGUACUGCCCCGGCAUCCCCCCGCUUUGUGCCCUGCCGCGUGCACCGUGGAGACGCACACUGAAACGGCAUUCAUCCCUGCCCAGUUAUUUACAUCUCCGUGUGUGGAAAAUUGUCAGCAUGUAUCACUUGAAGAUGAUGAUGAGCAUGGAAGGUGCUCUUUGCCGGGUCCCUUGGUUUGUGGUAUCUGCCUAUCUGCUGAUGGGAAGUGAUAAGACAGUGUGUUACUCGCAGUCUGGAAAACCAAGUGCCCGGCUUUACUGUAUGUUGACAUAUUAUCUUGUUGGCUUUAGGAUUUUUAGAAAGCAAGCCAUUUUCAGGUUCGAAACAGGAGCUUUUCCAUGAUUCACAGCUAAUAGGAGUUAAGGACGAGUGAGAAAUUUGAACUGUUGAUAUUUAUUUAUUGCAGCAAACAUGACGACUACGUAUGUAUUUGCAGUGAGCUGUAGCUCGUGUCUUACAGGCAGAACACACGUUUUCUAAAUCAAAAGAUGGUUUUUGAAAAAUGAUUGAUAAAAGAUUUUUUGAAAAUUGCUGCCAAUUUUGUUAUAGUUGAUUUGUGUUCUGCAGUAAGGGAAAUUAAGGGAAACUGUAUAUCAGAGAAGUGUCUUAAUAUCUGUAAUGCUCAUCUUUAAUGAAAAACUUCUAAGCAGAAUUCAUUAGCAUUUAUAUGUAAUGAUGGAAAACAGGAGUUGGAAACUGGAAUUUCCAAAUCACUCCAGAACUGUGCAGUAGUUUGAAGCUCCUUAGUGUAUCUGGAGAGAGGGGAGCUAGUCAUGCCCAGCAUAACCCAUCUUCUACGCCAGCAGAGCGAAGCCCACUCAGUAGACAGUCCCGCACUCAAUCCUUCGUUUAAUUUACAUAUUUACAGUAAUUCAGUAAAGGAUUUGUUGCUGGAGUAUACACGUGUUUAUUUAUAAGUAUGUAUAAUUAUCAGUAUAUAUUUACAAAAAUACGUAUGCAUGUAGACACACACACACACACGCACACACACGCACGUCCUUCAUGGAAACUCUUAACUGGGAAACUGAGCAUCCUUGAAUGUUCCUGAGGUGACCACUGGGAUAUAAACCUCCCCAAGAGCAGCGCUUUGAGUUAACAUACAAAAAGGUCUGCAGAAAGAUUGGAGUCACCUUUAUCAGGGUAGAGUGGAUCGUGGUCAGUAACCUCAUAGGCACCCAAGAAAUCUCAUAGGUGAGAACUUGAGCAACAUACCUUUACUAUAUGCUGAUUGACAGAUAAAUGAAAAAUUGGGGGGAAUGAGGAGAAUUCAGUGAAACCUAAUAUAAGUAGUAUAUGAUUGAAAAAGAGCUUCUUGUGUUAUUUUUAACAGAGAGCACACUAAAAGUCACAAUUUAAUUUGACUAAUAUUUACAUGGGUAGUGGGAAAAAGAUCCUGGACUUCUAAUUAAAAGGUCUGGGCUCCACUUUCAGCCUGCCGCCAGCUAGCCGCGUGACCUUGGGCAAGUCAAGUCUCUGAACACCCUGUCUCUCUUGAAAGGUAGACAGUGCCUACCUUCACCUCAUGCUGUCAGGGUCAUACUAGUCACAGGGCAUGUACUUAGAGGCUGCCCACUAAUAUUAGUAAGUGUGUCCGUGAUUGCACUGGAUAGCACUUUUUGAUAAGUGCCAAGUCAGAGGAGGAAAGGAGCUCUGAGAAGGAAGGGGCAUUAUUUCAUGGCAGGAUUCUAGGAGGCAGAGGUGGCUCAGUACAGCAUUUGAAGAAGAGUGAGUGGCAUCGUAGGUAUUCAAUAGAGAAAGCCAUGGCCUUGGCCAGGAAUAGCCAGUUAGCUGCUGCCCUCAGGGAAGAUCCGCCUGGAGACCUUUGCCAUGUACCUGGGUGGGGAGAGGCUUGUUCAGGAAGUUUCUUUGGCUUUCUCCUGAAUGACGUUUCCUGAGGAUAUAUCCACUAUCAAGUUCAUCACACUCACCAAAUAAGUUGUUUUCCGACCUCCUCUUUACAAAGCAGCAUUUGAUAAUUUUUUUAUGUAGUAUUUCUUUCAUUACUCCAGUUUUCUGAUAAGUAACUGCAAAGAGCAGUAGGUUGGGCUGUUAAGUGUUAGAGGCUAUCUUUGCAAAAACUGAAUGACACAGAGAAGUUUGUCCAUAAAAAGGAAUGAUUCAGUGACAUCUGUUGGGUGGGAACUUCCUUAGAGGGAGGUGAGGUGCCCUCUGUGGCUGAGUUAUCUGCUCCGUCUUAUCUUACAUUUCAACCAUGUGUAAUCGCAGGUGAGAUUCACAUUUGCAUUUUUCCUGGCGUCUUUUAGAGUGGUUAUACUGUAAUUCUGUUUUACUUCCUUGGUGGACAUACGAGCUACCCCUCUUUAUUUCAUUUCUGAUGAUUGCUGCAGGGUUUCACCAUGGGCAUCUCUAACUUCUCACAGUCAACCCACACAUCGUCAGCAUUUAACCACCGCACACAAUGCAGGUGUCUGCCCUGAGGCCGCAGCUGCUCCUGCCCUCUGUGUUCAUUGUGCUCUUAUUCUCAUACGCUUUCACAGAAAUCACAGCGGACUGUUGUGAUCUUGGCUUUAAACAGUAAGUCACUUUUACAGAAACUGACACAGAAUUUUUUAGGCUUUUAUCCCUCCCUCUGGCAUUUCUGAUGUGCUUCAUUCCUUUGUGUGGCUUUGGGCUUCCUCCUGGCGCCACCUUUCUCCUGUGCAAGUAACUUCCUUCCGCAGUUGUUAUAGAACAGGUUUGGGAGCAAUGAAUUCUAUUAGCUGUUGCUUUUCUGAAAAUAUAUUUUUCAACGGCAUGUUGUUGGGUAUUUUCAUUUGAUAUAGAAUUCUAGGUUGACAGUUUUUUCCCCUUCACAUAAAACAUAUUCCAUUGCCUCUUGGCUUGCAUAGUUUCUGAUGAGAAGACUGCAGUUCUUCCUAGCUUUGGUUCUUGUGCCUGCUCUACCUUCAAGCCCACUUAUCUUUUCUUCUGUGGGCGUAUGGUAUGCUGUUAAUUGCAUUGUGUUGGUUUAGGUCUUCCAAGAAGCAGAAGCCAAGAGAUUAGAUGUCGAAGAGGUCUAUUGGAAGAAAACACCUCUGGAGGAUCAGGGAGAGGACGCCUGAGACGGCAGGAGAGGCUCUGCUCUUCCUUGCUGGUCUGUGACAGAGACAGGAAGAAAGCAGAAAGAUUUGGCCAGGCCAGUAAGUGUCAGAGAGCCAAAGAUGCCAGUCAGGGAGUCCCACGUCCACAGGAACAGCUGGCACCAGAAGCUCUUCUGCGUUCCAUCGCUGAUUGGGCGUGUUCUGUAAGGUGCGUGGCCGUGGCAUGAGCAGGCAGCAGAUCCUGAGGGCCAGCCCAUGCAGGGCCGGGAGUAGCACGUUUUCCUCCCUGCAGCAGAAGCUCUGCAGGGCACGUUUUCACGGCCACCACACUUCUCCACUUGAAUUGUUUCAGGACUCCCAGUUUUAGCUUUAGAAAUUCUGUUUGGUGCUUUUUGUUUUCCAGUUCUCUCCUUGUUAUGUUUCUCAUUUAGCUCUUUGAGCGUACUGAACCCUUGGUAACAGCUGCUGUAAUGCCUUUGUUUCCUAACUCAUCGUCUCUGUCAGCUCUGAGCUGGCUUCAUAUUCUCCCCUUGUUACGCGUUACAGUUUCCUCUCUCAUGUGCCUCGAGGCGUCUCACUGCUUGCCGGGCAUUGCAGAUUUUACAUUUCGAGUGACAGCGCUUGCUCUGUUCCUGUGAGCUGUGUUAGAACUUUCUUCUGACAGCAGUUAAGGUACUUGCAAGUCAGAGUAAACUUUUUGAGGCUUGAUGUUUCAGCUUUCUCAUGAGCUUAGAAUGGCCUUUCUUUAGAAGGGCUCAGCCCAGUACUGAGGCCUGGCCAUGGGGUCCCUGUUGAAUGCUGCGUGUGUGCAGCGAGAGGCCCCUUUGCUCUGACCAGUGGGAUCUUGCUGACUCAGCCCUACGUGAGCUCUGGGAGUCAUCUGCUUGCAACUCCCUGGAAAUUGUUCUUUUCCUGAUGUCGACUUUGUCCAACCUCAUGCAGUUUUACCCCCUGCACACACCGAUUGGUACUCAGCCAGAGACCACGUGGGUCCCCUGUACAGAUUUCCGGAGCUCUUUUUCUGCCUAGGCCCCACCCCUUUAGUGCUUUACCCCCUAAAAUCUAGUCACUGUGUCCUGCCCAGAGUCAGAUGCAACCACCAGGCUCCAUUUCUUGAGUUUCUAAAUGUGUCUGGCUGAGAGGUUACUGCUGCCUGGCAGGAGGCUCUGGGCCGUUCCUUGGCCUGGUGCCUCUCACAUGGUCAGGCCCUAGCAGUCUAACUGAUCGCCCUGGAGCUGUGUGGUUCACGUUAACUGAAGUCCACAGGGCAUGUGGGGAGGCAUUUUUCCAUGUCAGGCUUCUUUAAGACCGCAGGGCUGAGGUCCAUGCUCGCUGCUCCGCGGAGGCCAAGCUCUGUACAUCUUGUGCGUUUGCUCCCUCCUCCUUCCUCCCAAAAGUCUGCCUCUUCCCUACCAAUCCUCACUCUGUCCACACCCGAGCCUCUGUCCAUGUUGGUCAUGUGGGAUUUCUCCAUCCUUUUCGCCCUCCAUCUCACCUCUAGUCUUCGACUUUGGGCCUCUCCCACAUUCCAGCUUGUUUCCAGGUUUUAUGGAGCCAAGGAAGAGCAGGAGCCAGCUGCUUUCAGAGAGAUGCCUUUGUUCAUGUGUCUCAAAGCAGUUAGGACACCGUGUUUCACGAGUAGAAGGACCUUCCUCCAGAAGAGUGAGUAACUACGUGUACAGGCGUGGAUGUAUAUAUGUAUGUAUUUUUUCCUUGACUGAUUUCCAUCCGAACAGCUGGCAUUUGAAGCACUGACGUAGGGCAUCUCUGAGCUGUGCACCCGACAGAAGCCCCCGUGUGCGGCCUCGGCCUUAUGGCCCAGAGCCCAGGUUGGCUGUAAUAUUUACAAGCGGGCACCUUUUUCUAACAUAACUCAUCCAGUCCUUAACUGAAUCGCACAGACUCGGUGGCGUGGCUUUGGGUAAAAGAACAACAUGCUUCCGUUGCCUCUGGGAUCCCACCUGCAGCCGGAGCGUCCCUCUGUUCCCGCUGUUGCCUGGCAGGGGACCUGGCACCUGUGGGCACUUAGGAAGUAACUGUGGGCUAAGUGAACUCAAAGCGCGUCAUAGACUCAGCUUUACUGUCCUGUCAUUACUUUCCUUUCUUAGGCCAGUGAUCGGCAGAGGUUUCCUUUAAAGAGCUAGAGAGUAAAGGGCCCCAGCUCUGCAGGCCACACAGCCUCCCUCACAGCCGCUCAGCUCUGCGCUGUGCGGAAGCACCAGCAGCCGGUGUGUAAACACAUGGGCCAGGCUGUGCCAGUGAAGCCCCGUUUACAGAAGCAGUCGGCGGCCAGAUUUGAUCUGUGGCUGUGGUUUGCUGACCCGUGCACGAGGCAAUAAAAAGCCAAGAGCCUGGCAUAAAUUCAUGACAGGAAACCAAGGCCCUGAAUCCGCCCCCGAAGUGUAAGCACCAGCGUAAUCAUCUGGACCAGCGUCUCAGCAUUACCAAAUUACACCCAUUCUGAUGGCUGCGUCAGCCUCUAUUGCUCUGUUUAUUGUUUUUCCAUAAGCAAGCAGUUCCAUUUCUAGAAAUUUAUCUUAAGCACGUAAAUAUAGAAGGGGGCACACGGUGUUACUUAUGAUGGGAAGACUGGGAAUGGACACAGCCGUAGGCUGGAAGAGGUGGAGCCUGACGUGCAGUGUGGCCCAGGGUUUAGGAGCAGAGGAGACAUGACUCCAGUUCUAUCUCUGUGAACAUACUGACCGUGUGCCACUCUCAGUAAGGAGUUACUUAAUGUCUCUCUCUUAGUCGGAAAAAAGGAAAGAAAAAGGAAAUCCUUGCACACGCUGUAAAAUUCAAAAGAUAGAUCAGAGUAUACAAAUGAGAGGAAUGCUCCUUCUUUGUUCCCCCGCCGCCCAGGGCCCCUCCCUCAGGCAGCCCGGUUCAGGUUUCCUUGUAUGUAGCAUUCAGGUUGGUGCUGGAGAGGGUAGCAGUACCCACCUGGCUGUGUGUGCCCUUCAUCCUCUUACUGUGAGUCAGGAAAAUCAUCACGUUAGUUUACAUUAAGUGUGGACUUCUGACACACAGAUUUGCACACAGAUACCUGGCAAAAUCGGGAGUGGGUUUGGUGAGAAUAUCUGAUCCUGUUUCUUUUUCCAUGUUUCCUGUAUGUGAGUCAGGAUGCACGGGUGGGAACGAGUCCCGUUCUGAGGUUUUCCAGGACAAGAAAGUGCAGA